AUGGUUUGGUGGAACCCUUUCAGCUAUUUCAAGAAGCGAAAAGCCCCGAAGCCCAAGCUCCAGCCCGAGUCUGAAAGGUCUUUGUUCGCGCUUGCAUCGGAUGACACCUCGGAAGGCACAUUUGCACGAGGACCAAAUCCAACUCAGGGAGACAGCGACGAGGAGUCUGAGGAGAGCGAAGGUCAGUCUGACUUGCAGCUGGAAACGUUGGUGGAGACUUGCUCCCCCACGUCCCAGAAGGAAGUACGCUCGUCUCCUGAGCCGCCAGCCCCGCCAACAUCCCGCGAGGAGGUCGAGGAGGCGAGGGCUGAGAUCGCCUAUGGCUCUGCAGCUGGCAUAGUCGAAACGGAGUCCGGAGGAGCUAGCCCAGCGGGCGGGAUGCUCUCACCGUCAGGUGACCAGAGCUCUGGUCCCUGGUGGAACAAGUUCGGCUUGUCUCCGAUGAAGGAGAAGAGUGAGGAGGCGCCAGCCUUCAAUCUCCAGACGAGUUCCGAGACGCGAUCGGGCGGAUCCGAGGCAAGGACCAAGGAGGCCGAGGCCGACUUUGGGCAUCUGGUCCGUAUGGCGGAGAGCCGACGGGCGAAGAGCGAUCCUCCGAAAUCGGAAGGCGGAGACUGGGAGGCUCCAGGUAGCGCUCCUGCUCCCCGGUUCCGUUCGACGGCCUGUUUGGUGAUGCCUCGGCCGGAUGACUACUUCUUGAAGAAGUCCAGCAAUGGGCCAGAAGCUCCCACUGCUCCCACCUCCGCCAGCCUAAAUGACUUAAUUUACCUGGACCCUGGUCACUUCAGAGAGAUUGCCGAGCGAGGAGAAGCGCGAGUUCAGAUGCCCGGCAAGAGCCGUGCAAAGCCUGACCAGGCAGGAGAGUCCGGAGUCCGGGCUGAUCGAAAAGCGCGCUUUGGGAAUGAACUGAACGGGGAAGGCGAAGAUGCCUGGAAGCCCCAACGAAUCUUGCCCCCAUUCCUCAAACGCUUCGUCUUCACGUCCAGAACUCCUGGCCUGUUGUGGGAACGUUGUCGCAGCUUCAAUAGCAUUCCUGCUCAUAGCAUUCCGGCAGGAGAUGUCUUCCGAGCGGCAGGAACGCCUCUGCUUACAGCUGAAGAGGAGAUGCAGUACCAGCGUGCCCUUUGGGUGAAUCGCCUCCUGAAGGAGCAGCUAGCCGCACAAACACAGGGACUCUCUUUGAAGGAGAUUGAGGAAGCGCAGACUCAAAUCCAAGCGAGGAUGCGGCAGGCCACAAGGCUACAGGCUUGGACGAGCUCUCAGGGUCCCGAUCCAGGUAGCGCCAGGACCAUCUAUGCCAAAUCACCGAGGAGAAGCCAGACACAGCAGGCGCGGCCACAGGUCGUCUCGUCCUGCGAAGUGAAUCGAAGGAGGGCGCAGCACCGCAUCAAGGAGGAGAAUUUGGGUAUCUUGCAGCGCAUCGAGAAUGUGAAAAGCAGCUUCACACCGCGAAUGCCAUCAAACCUGAUUCGCAAGAUCUCGCCGCGAAACAGGCUGUUGAACCAUGGCCAUUAA